GCGCUUAGCUUGACUGGAAAGCAUUUAUUCUAAGGCUUAGAACAAGUACUCUAUGUUCUUAGAGUCAGAACCAGAGCACAGAAUAGAGCUCUAUUCUGACCAGAGCAAGGCGUUCUUCUAUUUCUCUGGUCACAACUCAGAAAUCAAGAGAAUUCAAAUGAAAUGAUUCAAGAAAAUGACAGACAAAUCUGAAUCAUUCUUCAGAGAAGGUACAACUGAAGGAACCAAUGACAAUUUUAUUAAUAGGGAAAGACAAAGGGUCAACCGCGAUAAACUCUUUGAUGAGACCAAAAAAUUAUUAGUUAACUACAAAGCACAAUAUGUAGGUGAAGAGACCUCUGCAGGCCUGAAAAUCGAAGAUUUGGACAUAGUUGAAGAAUUUAUAGAUGGAAAUGAGAUUUACAAGAGAAAUUCACAUGUUUUUCAAUUUGAUGCAGUCGAAGAACUUCAAAACAUAGAUGCAAAGAAUGUUUUCUCUCAUCCAAAAGAAAAUGAAUCCUCUAAUGUCAAUUUAGAAAAGGGCAGUAAUUUUUAUGAGGAUGAUAUUAAUCGGAAAAUUGUACUUGAUAAUCGGGAAUAUACUUCUGAAAAGAUCGAACUCAAGUGUGAUAAUGAUUCAGUUCAGAAGGUUCAUCUAAAAGAAAAUAUCGGAACUGUCAGUCUGAAUAUAAAGAAACAUGAGUGUAAUUACUGCGAUUAUGCUUCAAUUCAGAAAAGACGUUUGAGAGAGCAUAUGGAAUCGGUUCAUUUGAAUAUAAAGAGACAUAAGUGUCACUUAUGUGAUUUUGCUUCAGUUCAGAAGGAACACAUUAGAGAGCAUAUAGAAGCGAUUCAUUUGAAAAUAAAAAAACAUAAGUGUCCCUCAUGUGAUUAUGUUUCAGUUCGGAAUGCACACAUUAAGAAGCAUAUAGAAUCAGUUCAUUUGAAUAUAAAGAACCUCAAGUGUGAUAUAUGUGAUUAUGUAACAGCUCACAAGAUGAGUCUCAAAAAUCACAUAGAUUCAGUUCAUAUGAAUAUAAAGAAAUAUAAGUGUCACUUUUGUGAUUAUGCUUCAGUUAAGAACUGUAACAUUAAAACCCACAUAGAUGGAGUUCAUUUGAAUAUAAAAAAGAAUAAAUGUCACCUAUGUGAUUAUGCUUCAGUUGAAAAGGGAAACCUCAAAGCUCAUAUUGCAAGAAUUCAUUUGAAUACAAAGACACAUAAGUGUCACCUCUGCGAUUACACUUCGUUUCAGAAGAGAACCCUCGAUGAACAUGCACAAACUGUUCAUUUAAAUAUAAAGGAGCAUAAGUGCCACAUUUGUGAUUAUGCUACAGCUCGUAAGAGAAACCUCAAAAGUCAUAUAGAUUCAGCCCAUUUCAAUAGAAAAAAACAUAAGUGAAAUAAGUUCAUUCCGAUAGAAUAAAUGUGAUGUAUCAGUUUUUACAUGAAACACAUAUUGGACACAUUGAAGAACAUAAAUAGUUUAUAGAAAGAAACAUGAGUGCCGAUAGAAGAAAACGAUAGUAGAUUUGAUACUACUCCCGAAAAGUCUGUAUUGUUGACCAACAGGGAAUUAUCGAAAUAGAAACUCCUUAAAAAAUAGUGUAGGCUUUAUUUCCACAAAAGGUUCAUUUCGUUCUUCGCAAGAAGGGAAAGCAAAAUAACUUCAUCAACUCUUCAGGAAGGAUCAAUUUAUGUUUUCCAGUAGUUUUGUUGAAAUUAGUAAUAAGAGAAUGCAAUAAAAGUCUGUAUUCGACCUCAAAGAAUGAUUCUGCCUAAUAUCUUUAAUUGAUGAAAUCAUGGAUCGUUUUAAAGAAAUAAACACCCCAAAUAUUUAUAAACUCAA